AUGUGGGUCUCCAAAGCACGUGUGUGCGUUCAUAAAGCUCAGGGGCAGCUGGUGGUGGCCAUCAUAUCAUGGGAAGGAGAGCCAUGCAACUGCAGUGCUGUGGGGAGCAGUGGGUGCCACGACACUCCGGGACACUGCACCUGUCUGCCAGGCUAUGCGGGGCUGCACUGCGAGCACUGUGCCCACGGGUUCCACCCCGACCACAGCCAGCACUGCCUGCCCUGUGCCUGCAGCCCCACUGGUGCCCUCGGACCCAGCUGCGAUGACAAUGGGAAGUGCCGGUGCAAAGUCGGCGUGACAGACCUGAAGUGUGACCGGUGCAGUGAUGGGUAUUACAGAGCCAACAGCACCUGUGAGCCGUGCCAGUGCAACAACCACUCCAACACCUGCGACCGCCUAACAGGCACCUGCCUGCACUGCCAGGGCAACACGGAGGGGAAGCACUGCGAGCUCUGCAGGAGUGGCUUCUACAGGAGCGCCCACAGCUGCCUCCGCUGCCCCUGCUCCACUGUGGCAUCGACCGGCACCUGCCAGAUCCAGCCCAGUGAAGCUGCCCCAACGUGUGACAAGUGCAAAGUUGGCUACACUGGCCCCAACUGCAACCAGUGUGCCAACGGCUACUACAACUCCGACAGCAUCUGUGUCAGGUGCCAGUGCAAUGGGAACGUGGACCCCACACUGUCCCCCAGCAUCUGCAAACCAGAGAGUGGCGAGUGCAUCGGGUGCCUGUACCACACUGCUGGCUUCCACUGCCACGAGUGUGAGGACGGCUAUGUCAGGGACCCCGAGGGAAUCAACUGCACCAGGAAAGAAGCCACUCUUGGCCCAGAAAUAACAGAGUUUAUAAGUCCUGCUCCGAACACUAGCAAGGCAACGUCACUUCCAACUGCAGUGACAAACAGUACAUUGUCACCAACAACUAUACAGACUAUAUUCCCUUUAAGUUCCUCUGACAAUAGUACCUCUGCUUUUGCAGAUGUUUCUUGGACUCAGUUUAAUAUAAUUAUUUUGACAGUCAUCAUCAUUGUCGUGGUCCUACUAAUGGGCUUUGUGGGUGCUGUCUACAUGUACCGUGAGUAUCAAAACAGAAAACUUAAUGCUCCUUUUUGGACCAUUGAACUCAAAGAGGACAACAUCAGCUUCAGCAGCUACCACGACAGCAUCCCCAACGCUGAUGUUUCGGGGCUGCUAGAAGAUGAUGGGAAUGAAGUGGCACCGAACGGACAGCUGACGCUGACGACUCCCAUGCACAAUUUUAAAGCUUAGAAGAGGAAGCAAUCCAGCUGUUCCAGAGUUGGCUUAAAGAAGUUACAGGGCUUGUUGAAGGGGUAUCAGGAUCCGUGCCAAGGCUCCGUGCAGAGGAAUUUGCUCUUCAGAUACUCUUAGCUGAGCAUGCUGUAGCUUGCAGGUGAACAGGAGGAAGGUGUAGUACGUCCGAAUGCCAGGUAAUGUGGUGAAAUGCAUUCAGUGUGUUGUUCUCCAUAAGGACCCAUGUAAUUCACUGUCGGUACAAGACUCGAUUAUGCUGAUCUUAAAAUAUCCUUUUUAUGUAGAGGUGAUGGGGCAGUGAAAGCAAUGCCCCAUUAAUCAGAAGCUACUCUGUUUCCAGCCAACCUAACACUUAUGCCUGCAUCUUUAGCUUGAAAAGUAGCUUAUGAAUUAACAGUGGAUUUUCAGGAAACAGACCUUUGUAAAGGCUUUGUAUUACUUCCUGAUGUGAAUUUGCUUGAAAAGGAGGACAAAAAAUGGGAAAUGAUUGUUUAUUGUACUACCAAGCAAGUAGAGGAGUGAGUUGCACACUUGAACAAAAGUCACCAUUAACAGUUUCCACAAAGCUGGGAAACAGGAAAAAAUAUCGCAAAACUAUUGGAGUUAGGGAGGAGAGUAAGCUUUUCCCUUUCUGAGUAUUUAUACAGGGUGAUGAUGCUAUUAGAACAUAGCAAUCCACUUUUUUUUUUUUUUUUCUAGAAGGGGUUAAUGAACUUGUAUAGUUUCUGUGCAAGGGAAGACGACAAGACAUCUCAGGGUUGCUGUGUACAAACAAAAGCUAGGCUUAAUACCCUACCCUGAUAGCAAUGGUGUGUUCUGUAUAUAAAAUGUAAUAUAUCUUCUUGGAACUGUAUUUGUAAUUAUUUGUAAAAAAAAAAAAGUACAACCAAAAAAGCCAACAGCAAAACCGUGGACCCCUCCCCAACCUCCUCUAUUCCCCAGUCAUAUUUUAUCAUCUAGAUUUUAAUUGUACAGUGGUUAGUGGCAUUGUUUAAAAAGAAAAAAAAAUGAGGUUGUUUAAAAUACUGUAAAUUAGAUGGCAAUAUUGUCAGAGCUGGGACUCUGGCAAACACCCACUGCUUAAAGCUUUUCUUCUAGUGUGUCAUUGAAAACUGUUUUUUAGAGAAAAUGUGAGUGCUCCCUACUUGCAUCUGUCAAAUUUCCCUCUUCCUUUAAAUACAGAGCGCAUAGCCAGCGUUGCCACGAGUAAAGCCUGGAGGUGUCCAACAAGCAGAUGGACCUUUUUGUUACUUGUUUUUAAGUCUCAGUACAAAAUGCAAAUACACUGGCAUGGAUGCAUUGAGAGCCUGCUCUCAGUGCCUGAGCUUUCCUGAAGCUCCUCACGUUUGGGAUCUUCGUGCAGUUCCUCCCAUGUGAACACGGUGAUGGCUAUGGCUGGGUGCAGCCUGCUGGCUUCCCUUGAAGGAUGAAGGCAAAAAUUGCCUGGAUUUGGGUGGAAAUGGCUUUCAGUCACAGUACUCACAGAAACCGAUUUGCACUUCUGGCCUUAAAAGCUGAAAGUGCACGGGUGCUUUCAGGAAAUUCAUGUAGCACAAGGUGGUGGAGGAGAAUCAGCUGUCUAGAAUUCUACAAGAGACUAGGUUUUAUGGGUGUCCCUGAGUUUUCAGUGGGCCUGGCAGACUGUUGGCACAGAGAGAAGAACAAAUGGGCAGCACAGUGUGGGGAAGUCGUGCCAUGGGGCGCUUUGCUGGUACUGCUGGGCCAGCCCCACGUAAAUCAAUAGCGUUAUGCUGGAUAUGCACAAAUACUACACCCAACUCACAGGCGACCUCCAAACAAAGCUGCAUCACUGUACGCGUUGGUGCUCUGCAAGUGAUUGGUGCUGAGGAGGAAUGAAGUACCUGCUAAGGGUCAGCAGGAGCUGGCUGAUGCAUCCUCAGAGCCGGGCAAAACAAAUAUUUCUCAGCGUGAGAAAUGGUAGGAAGAAUGUGGUGAUUAUUUAUUUGCUGCAUGGAGGCUUUUCUUAUCUUUGGAGACUUUUGGGGGAGUGGGGAAUAGGUGCUUUAAACACAAGCACAAAGAUGUCAUUGCUGCCUCAAAAGCUUGUUGCUUGAUUUAAAGGUGAGGCACAGCAAGGAAGGAGAAUAGCCAAGAGGACGGUGAGAAAUGAUGAGAGGAGAAUGUGGUAUUGCAUAGAGGAAUGUGGAAGAGAUCCUGCUGCCUGCCAUGGGCCUGAGUGAGGUCCUGUAGUUCUAUAAAUUGGGCUGCAGUUCGAGCAAUGCUACAUUUAGUUAUAAAAUGGGGGAGGAAUGGAGGAGAAAAUCUGGAUAUUGCUAAUCCUUGAGUUAUUCUUCCAGCUUUUGAAGAGCAGAGUGGUGACAAAUAGAGAAUUUCCUAAAAAUUGUAAUUACUUGACAGUGCUCAUUUUGUGAUAUGCUUGCACUUGGUCACUUCAUAGGGUGGGGAAAGGUAAUUUAGGAACUGUUUGCUUCUGGGACUAAUGCUAGCAGGCAAAGUGAAGGAUGGGUUAUUCACUCUAAGGUUUCCAGAACAUUUUAGUAGAUGUUAUCCUCUUUGCCACAAAACAUCUCUUCCCCAGAUUUGGUAAGACAGUAGGCUACCUUGUAACUGGAAUAGGGUUUAAUUUUUCCUCUGGCUGUAAAAAUACCAACCAUCUGUGAACCGGAGCAUGAGUUCAGAUGCUGAGCCCUCCCAUCCCAUACACUGCAAAGGGAAGUGUUUGUGUCUGGGUUGCUUCUGGCCUCCAGAACUAUAAGAGCUUUGUGUUUUAGCCCUGAGUUUGAAAAGAUGAGGAGGUCGGGAUGCCUUAUGCAAAGGAGGGUGAUGCAGCCAUGGCCUGUGGGGGUUGUACAUCUGGACAAAGGGAUCUAGAUGGCAUCUGCAGUUGUGAUGAGAAGACAGGAUGAGAAGAAUGGCUGGGCUGGGGCCUGGCUGCCCAGGUUUGGACAGCAGAGGAAAGCACAGAAAGGAUAUGGCAGUGGGACAGUGCUUAUCAGAUUGCAAGUUGACUUAGAAGGGCGAACCAGCCAUCUCCAGCCAGCCAGAACUUUGGUGUGGAGGAAUGAUAUUUAUAAAGGAAUACCCCAGCAAAGAAAGAAUAAACAGCUUCAUGUUUGACUUUGAUCUGAGAUUAGGUUCUCCUUGCUGCCUCCGUCAAUCAUGCAGUCAUCCCCCAGGGACUGUGGAAGGUGAAGGAGAAGCCCAGCAAGUUACAUCUUCGGUCAGCUUAGGUUGGCAUCACUUGUGGAUGGAGUGCAGAGCCAGAAUACCUGUGCCAGGGUAUGAAAGGCCACCAGGACCACCAGCCUGCCCUACGUUAGAACUUGUCAUGAAGCUUCCCAGAUGCUGAGGUUUGCAAAUGCCAUGGGUAGAUUAGCCAGAAUGGACUUACUGGGCAGCACUGGGCCCAACUCAGUGUCUAUCAGGAAAAGGCAAAGGCAUCUAGAUGACCUGUAGGGCUGAUGAAGCAAUACAGAUACCCAGAGCUUUCAUUUCUAAUGGGCCAUACCACUGUCUGGGUGCAGUGGUGUGACCACUUUCAGUGGUGUGAGGAAAGGCAGUGGUGGGAUGGUAUGGUAGCUGGAGAACACAGAAAAGGUACGAUGAGGUGAGUAAGGGUGGGAAGCCAGCUCUGCAGGCACGAUCCUCGGGGUUGUGAGGCUCUGUGGAUCCAGCUGGUCUGGAUGGGGUGAGUUCAGUUCCACAAAUAACUGAAGGCAAGAGGAUAUAGUGGAACAGAUAAAGGGCAAAAAGCAAUGAUGUGUCAAAGGCAUGAGGCAGCCUGGCUGGCUCACAGUUUAGAAGAGCAUUUGAUAAGCAAAGUGCAACAGACAUGCAAAAGUAUGAUUGGGUUAAUGUGAGUAGAUGAUCUUAAAUCUUAGGAACCACUGUAGCUAGAAAUAACUGCAUGGAGCAGUAGCCCUGGGGAGCUGUCAGGAGAUGUCAUCCUUUGGAAUGAUAAUUCCCUUGGACCAGGCUGAGCAAACUUAGCACACUGGAUGUCUUUUUUCGAAAGAGGAGAGGAUGUAUUCAGCAUCCUUCAGGUAUCCUGGGCCAGUUAACCACUGCUAUACAGUGUCUUACCAUAAAUGUUAAAUGCAAUGUGAGUGUGGCAGAUAAUUUGCACAGUCUCCUUUAAAUAAUGAAUUUAAGAUUGUAUCCUAAAAAUACAUUUCUCGUUAAAAUGAAGUUUUGAAAUGAGCUCCCACAGGAUUCUGCUCUUUGUGUGUCAGAGGAAUGGAUUAAAAUCAGAAAAAUGUGGGCCUUGUACUUGUUCCCAACUGAAACCCAUCAGUCUUACUAUACAUCCAAAUAAGGCGUCUCCUAAGCAUAUGCUAUGCUUACAAAUGCAUUUCUAGGAAAAAAAAAAGUGUAUGAUUUGAAUAUAUGUCAGAAUUUAUACAGAAGAAUGUUAUUUAAAAUGAAUAAAAAUAAAUGUAUAUAAUUUGUAUCUA